GGGUAGCAGUCUGGGGGUUAGUGGUCUGGGAGUCAAAGGGGUAGUGGUCUGGUGGUCUGGGGAGUAGUGGUCUGAGUCAUGGCAUCACGGCUGCUGGACCGACUGAAGCGCUCUCUGUUCAAAGAUGAUCAGGGGGUGGGACCAGAGCAGGAAGUGGGUGGCAGUGGACAGGAAGGGGAGGAGUUUGGUGAGGACUAUUGGGAGGCGGAACUAGAAGAGGAGGAGGAGGAGUCUGUGACGGAGCGUCUCGGGGGGACGCUGUGCUUCGACGCAGGGGGAGCAGUGGACGAGGGAGCAGACGGCGAAGGGUCGGGGGCCGACAGUGACUCUGACUUCCUGGGAGAGUCGAUGGAGGAGGGGCUUAGCAGCACAGACACCAGUCCUGUGGGCGUGUCUCUGGUAAGCCCCUCCCCUUCCUCACUGCUGACUCAACAGUUUCAGGAGAGCUGGAGGAACCUGCGAGGACUGGGUGGAGGAAGUCCCGCCCCCUUAACGAGGCGACAGGUGACGGACAGCUUAAUGUUUGAGGGUGACGGACGCCAGCGUGGGUGCAGGAUGGGAGACUCCAAAUACGUGCUCUACACUGUCCACGUGGUCCAAUCCGGAGGCGCAGAUAAGACGCCGGCCGUCAUCACGCGCAGAUACUCUGACUUCCAGCGGCUCCACGUCACGCUGCGCCGUCACCAUGGAGACCAGAUGGAGCGUGUGUGUUGUCCCACGUAAAAGCUGCGUCGAAACUUCACAGCGGAGACGAUCGCGAAGCGGAGCCGGGCAUUCGAGCAGUACCUGUCUCACCUGUGCUCCCUGGGGGGCCUGCGGGGGGCGCCGUGUGUACGCCACUUCUUCUACCUGACGGACCUGCAGGGCGGACAGCUGCUGAUCAGGGUGGGCCGGUACCAGGAGGCAUUGGGUCCGCUGCUCAAUGCUAAAAGACUCCAACACAAAAUGGGCUGGGAUCAAGCUCCACCCACUGCCUCCUCCCAUUGGCUCUUCACCCUGGUGGGCCUGUCUUGCUGUUUCCAGGAAGUGGAUCAGCUGGAGGAGGCUCGGGACCACUGUGACCACGCCCUCCGCAUCCUGACUUCUACCAUGUACUCAACGACUCCUCCUACUGCUGAAGAGCCCCACCCACAUACGUACAGGCCCCACCCUCUCCCAGACAGACCACACCCUCUGCUGCCGGCUCUGCUUCGUGCCGUCGUGCGACUUUCGUGGCAAACAGGAAAAGACAAACGGUUGUGGGAGGAGCUUCUGCAGCAGCUGGAUGAGCAGGGAGUGGGGUCAGACAAUCAGCCAACCAUCAAAGAGUAUCUGGUCCAACACAACCUGCAGGACAGCGAGGGGGAGGGGUAAACAACAAACAAAUAAACAAAACAAACACAAAUAAACACAUACAAACUAUGGACAAAAUGAUCAGUGUUGAGUCACAAAGUCCGCUUAGUAUUAACCAUUAAAUAUCCAAAGAGUAAAGGUCAAAGGUCAAAGGUCAAAAAAGGAUCUGAAACACAAUGUGAAGAGGAAAGGCUGAGAUUGUGAUUUCAUCGCAAAGGGGAAAUGUUUUCAAAUACAUGAAUAAAUUCAAUCAGUGAAAAAACAACAACCCUGAAGGUCAAAGGUCAGUCUGUGUCUCAAAAGCAGAUGGGAGUUUUUUUACCGACAGAUGUUCUGAGGGCAGAAACUGUUGGGAUUGGUCCAUUCUAGGAACCAUGAAAACAGAGGAGAGGCAGGAGAAGUAAGCCCUAAGUGGCUAACGUUCUUGCUAGGGUUGUCAUCAUUGUGGAUUGAAGGCCCAGUGUUCGUCAUCGUGGGGAGGUCUGUUUAUUUUCCAGUGAAAUAAUCCUGUGGAAUGAAAUAAUGUGGAAGGGUUCAGUUCACAGGAAAAGGGAUAGAACAUUUACAUGUGUGUUUCCAUGUUCUAUACUCAGAACCACAUCUACUAAUGCAGAUACGGUUAUCUUAAACACAGCUCUGUAUGAUCAUUAGCAUUAGCAUUAGCUAGCACCAACCUGAAGCAGGUUCAUCAGUUCAUCGUUCACUGUUAGUUCUUCUGCUGCUGAUGUUGAACAAAUGUUAGUUUAUUUUAUGGAAAUGUGUACAUAUCCCUGGGUUAGGGCUAACCCUAAACCAGGUGAGGGGUCUGAGGAAGUCCAGCUCAUGAGUCCAUUGUACAGUGCUUAGAGCCAGUGGUGUACUGGUCCCUGGAGAAGUGAGUAUAUGCUCAGUUUUUGGGUUCUCUCCACCCUUACAGCGGUACAGAGCCCUACAGCUCCACCCUUACAGCUCCACCCUUACAGCGGUACAGAGCCCUACAGCUCCACCCUUACAGCUCCACCCUUACAGCGGUACAGAGCCCUACAGCUCCACCCUUACAGCGGUACAGAGCCCUACAGCUCCACCCUUACAGCUCCACCCUUACAGCGGUACAGAGCCCUACAUUCACAAAGACCACAGAUAAUAUUUUGACCUGAUGAAAUGUGGUGCUGUGCCAAGAAUUGGGAAAUCACAAAAUGUGCUCUCUACGCUUAGGGUGACCAGGUGUCCCGCUUUGUGUGGGACUGCACAGCAUUAUGAUCAUUUUCUCCACGUCCCCGAAAAUUGAGACGAUGUCCCGCAUUUGAUUGGCUCUGUCUCUCCAAAGUGCAGGACAGUCGCCUUUCUCUAAAAAAUGACUUUCCUUUUGUAGCGGAGACAGCACUAUCACCCAUUGCUGUGUCUGCUGUCAUCAACCAACAUAUACGUAGGGUCAGGAGUCCAUCAACCUGUCACCUGUGUCCUCCUGAGCUCCGCCCACUGACACACAAAAAACAAAGGCCUCAGACACCGACAUGCAAAUUGUGGCGGAAAUCAUGGAAACUCCGCACAAAAAAAGAAGUCGCAACUACAGAAAGAAUGGAAAAUGUUUUUACAUGAGUGAAAACAGUGGGGAUUGGUUCAGAGUGUAUUCUGCAAACUACGUCAACUUAUUUCUCCAUGAAGGGACACACUGUAUGUAUGUGAUGUUUGGUCAGAUUUGAUCCAUAUUCCCUUUAACUAUUUUUAAGUUUGGAGUUUGAACUGAGAGACUUGAGGUGACAAAAUAUGCUUUUGUCAAG